AUGCGCAUGCUGACGCCGUAUCGGUUGCCCUACUCAAGCGCCAGCGGCAACGACGCUUUCAACACCGGUCGUGCGAGUAUGCGGGUGGUCUGCGAACACGGCAACGGGAUCUCGAAAGGGCGCUGGUCAAGCUUGUCGGCACUUCCUAUUUGCAGCGAAGUGAUGUGA